AUGGGUUCCUACGCGCCAUGGUCGUCGGAUCAAUUCAGUGUCCCUGAGAAGAAGGCGCACUCGAAGCUGAUGCGACGCCUGGUUCCAAUCAUCUGCGGAUUCUCAGUGCUUGUUGCUGUCCUUGUCAUUGUGGGUGUGAUGUUGACUGCCGAUUCCAGCAGUCCCACCGACGCUUCGAGCUCGGAUGGAAGUAACACUCGCGCCACUCCUGCUUCCUUUCGACUAUCGUCCUGCCCUCCUGUCGCGGCCAAAGACCGAACUGUUGCAUUCUGGCAAAGUGAAGUUGCUGGAUGUGACACCGUUCCGGAUGGAGUCACGCACUUGGUCUUUGGCUUUGCACUUGUUGCUGCGGAAGGUGUUAUUGUACCCUCUUUCCAGUCAUCGGAUGACUACAUUACUCAAUGUGUGGAGAAGCUCCAUACGCGGUGCAUUUUGACCUUGGCGAGUGUCGGCGGGUCAACCAAUAACGACAACAUGUCGGCACUUGUAAACGCAACGUUGUUUGCUGAGUCGGCUCUAGACCUGGUGACGAAGUUCGGGUUCGCCGGCUUGGACUUUGACGACGAGACUGUCGGGAUGCAAUUUAGUGCGGGUCGAGUGGUAGAGUUGCUGAAAGCUACACGGGAGGCGCUGGACGCCACUGGUAGUACAAAGUCGGCUCUGCUGACGUACGAUGCCUAUUUCAAUGAAGGAGAUCCCGCAGUAUGCGCAGCAAAGGAUACAGCAACCCACUCGAGGUGCUUCCCGACGAAGGUGCUUGACUAUGUGGACUGGGUCAACAUCAUGGCGUACAACGUCAACCUGGACAAUGUCAUUGCGGCAGAGAUUUAUGCAGCGGCUGUGAAAACUACUUUUGCUGCGUGGGGGACUCGAUUGGGCGGGGAUUUCUCUCGCGCUACGGUUGGGCUGUGUCUAAAGGGAGGGUGUGCUUAUGGUCCAGGGCCGAAUGCGAAAGUGCUGGUCGAAUGGGAGCGAUUCGGUCGCCAGGAUGGACACGGGGGUAUGAUGAUAUACUCUGCAUCGGCAGAAGUAGGCGAUGAUUUUGGGGUCACCAGGAGUAUCAUUCGCUCGACGUGA